GUUCUAAAUCAUUUCUCCUCUCUCUCUCUCUCUCCCUGUCUUCGUUGAGACAGUCCUUCCACAAUUCAGUAAUUCUGAAUUCAUACUCUCUCUCCUUCCUGGAUAGAGAAGAUUGCUAUUCAAAGGAGAGACUUACGCAAUGCGAGUCAACUCCGAGAUAGCUUGGCUCUGAGUCUUGCACGAUUCUGAAGCUGAUCAUUGAGGCCUGAAAUUGCAGUACAAGGUUUUGGAUCUGGGAUUAUUGAUUUUGCAAUGGCUGAGGAAACUUCUGAUACCAUGAAUCUUGAUUUGAAUUUGGGCCCUGGUCCUGAGGCAGGGUCAGGAUCUGUACCAAGCGAAGCAGUGAAUUUGGAAGAGUGGAUUGAUGACCCUUUUGAGAGAAUUAGGGAGGCUGUUAGAAUUAGUAGGGCUCGACAUCGCUGGAGAUGGCGUCAAGGUCAAAUUCCUCAUGAAACACAUUCCCUUUCUGUGGAAUUGAAUCAAUUGAUAGGAAAUUCUGACAGUGUGAGCACUUUACAAGCUGGGGAGGGUAGUGUUGCUGCUGAAGAAAGAACAAAUGAGGUGCCCAAAACGUGUGAAAAUAACAAUGGAUUUUUGGAAGACGAAGUGUCAGAGAAAAAGAGUGAUGUUGAGAAAGGAAAUGACAGUGAUGGGAGCUUCUUUGAUUGCAAUAUUUGUCUGGAUUUGGCUACAGAUCCAGUUGUUACUUGUUGUGGUCAUUUGUUCUGUUGGCCAUGCCUGUACAGAUGGCUAAAUGUGUAUUCAGAUGCAAAGGAGUGCCCAGUUUGCAAGGGAGAGGUAGCCAUUAAGAAUGUGACCCCUAUUUAUGGCCGUGGGAAUAAUACCCGUGAGCCAGAGGAGGAUUCAAGUAUUGAGGUCCCUGUUAGGCCAAAUGCAAGGCGGGUUGAGAGUUGGAGGCAAUCUAUUCAAAGGAAUUCUUUUAGUUUCCCAAUGGAGGAAAUGAUUCGACGUCUUGGAAGCAGAUUUGAUUUGACUAGGGAUUUGAAUCCAGUGCAGGAUUCAAAUGGCACACGUGAAAUGGGAGAUAGGACUUCGUUCCUGGGUAGGAUUAUGACACUUAGAGGAAUGCGCACUGAGCAAACUCCAGUUUCACCUCUUGAUGACCUAGUGGAUUUAACACAGAGUGGGACAAGUAACCCUGAUGCAAGGUCAGCCCGCCGGCCUCAUUCACUGUUACUUCGAAGAUCACAAGCACACUCUCAAAGAUCAUCAACCCACACUUCAAAUCCUUCAGCUUUUGCCGAAAGGAUAAUUGAGGCAUAUCUUUUGGGAAGGAGUCAGGAGCAGCCCCAACCUGUUGAUGAUAGAGAUUCAUUCUCAAGCAUUGCAGCAGGUAUAAACUCAGAAUCUCAAAUUGACACUGCAGUGGAAAUUGAUUCCAUGGGCUCCCUUUCAACUUCUUCUUCAAGAAGAAGAAAUGAUACUGUAAGAGUCUCAGAUGUGGACACUGGGGACUCUCGUGCACCUAGAAGGAGACGAUUCAACUAGGAAGAGUUCUUCUAAUUAUUACUAUACCUUGGAAGUUGCUCAAGGUAUGUUAACACAUAUGUAGUGCUGCCUGCAUUUAUAGUUCUGUCACUCUAAAGUUUUCCCCUCCUGCCCAUGUUGUUGACUUUCAUUGGGUGAUUAUAUAACUUGCAGUUCUUAGCUGCUGCCAAUGUGUAUGAGAUGCUGUUGUACUGCAUUGAAUUUGUAUGGAAAGUUAAAUUUAUAGAGCAA